GCACUGAGAAAUUGGGCAAGAGUGGAAGUGAGCUAAUUUCCAAAGAGCCGACUUCACAUUUCUGUCACUUCACUGACAGCGCGUUUAACGUGUUAAACUGUGACUACUCGACAUGGAGACCCUCCAAGAAAUUAUUCCAUUCGCCAAAGAGAUGAUCAACCAGAAGCCCAACCGGGGCAUGCUGAAGGUUUACUUGGUGGGCUCAGUGGUGGCCGUCCUGGGGACGGUUCUGGGUUUGGUCCAGACUGUCUGUCAGUCGUUCUCUUCCGUUGACGACGCGGCUCUGGAUGCGGAGCUAGCCAAACUGGUGGCACGGGAGUUGCGCGAAGAAGAGAGACGCAGAAAGCGUGAAGAGGUGCCUGAGGUGGUGGAGAAGACAAAUUACGGCGAACGAAAGAGAGAAGAGAUGGCUGGUGUGGCUCAUAGAAGCGCAGCAACACGACUCCACGCAUCUUAAAACGAUUUGAGACAAACCACUCCUAUUCAAAUGAAGUAAACAAUUUCUACCAUGCCAAAUUCAAUACGACGCACUAAUGACUUGAAAGACUGUUGACCUCAUCCAAUCAUUGUAUCAGACUGCUCACAAGCUGGGGAUUUGCAGUUUGAAGGUUGGACAGUACACAACCUAGAAUGGGAUGUCAGUCUUGACAUUCUGUUGUAAACCUGUCGAGUCAGGAGAUGGCUGCUGUGCAGCCAGAAAUGUUGAACAUGUACAUAUUUAGUUUUGAUUAAAAAAAUACAUUGCAUUGUUUUAUAUCCAAGAUGAUAAGUGACUACAAGCUGACUAUAUUUGUUUUUGCUAUGCAAUAAAA